UGACGUCAGGUGCAAGCGGAAGUGUAAGUUAGUCGUCGUUGUGAGGAGGUGGGUAGUGUGCUGUUUAUCUUCAUUGAAAAAAUGCCGGACUUAGCGGUGGAAAAUGUGGUCGUUCAUCCGCUGGUGUUGCUCAGCGUGGUUGAUCAUUUUAACAGAAUAGGUAAAGUUGGAAAUCAGAAACGAGUAGUUGGUGUCCUCCUUGGAUCAUGGCAGAAAAAAGUUCUUGAUGUUUCAAACAGCUUUGCAGUGCCAUUUGAUGAAGAUGACAGGGAUGACUCGGUGUGGUUCCUGGAUCAUGACUACUUAGAGAACAUGUAUGGCAUGUUUAAGAAAGUUAAUGCCAGAGAAAGAAUAGUUGGAUGGUACCACACCGGACCUAAGUUACACAAGAAUGACAUUGCCAUCAAUGAGCUCAUCAAGCAGUACUGUACCAAUUCGGUGUUAGUCAUUAUAGAUGUUAAACCCAAAGAUCUUGGUCUACCCACGGAAGCAUACAUCUCUGUGGAGGAAAUUCAUGAUGAUGGCACUCCAACAUCCAAGACAUUUGAGCAUGUCACAAGUGAGAUUGGAGCAGAGGAAGCAGAAGAAGUGGGAGUGGAGCAUUUGCUCAGAGAUAUUAAAGACACCACAGUGGGCACUCUCUCACAACGCAUCACAAAUCAGGUUCAUGGCCUGAAAGGACUCAACUCGAAGCUAUUGGACAUUCGCUCCUACCUGGAGAGAGUCGUAGCAGGCAAACUUCCCAUCAACCAUCAGAUCAUCUACCAGCUGCAGGAUGUCUUCAACCUGCUACCAGAUGUAAAUCUACUGGAGUUCACAAAAGCCUUCUACCUUAAGACCAAUGACCAGAUGCUGGUGGUCUACCUGGCCUCACUCAUACGCUCUGUGGUGGCUCUGCACAACCUGAUCAACAACAAGAUUUCCAACCGAGAUGCAGAAAAGAAGGAGGGACAGGAAAAGGAAGAGGGCAAAAAAGAGAAGAAGGACGACAAGGAGAAAAAAGACGAGAAGGACAAAGACAAAGAGAAGGAGAAAGCAGAUGGUGCCAAGAAAGAUGAGAAGAAGAAAAAAUGAGUGUCCUUUUUUUAAGGCCUUCUCUCAAAUGAGGCCUUCUUCAUCUGGAUGCUGCUCUACUUUUCUGCCCACAGUUAGAGCUCAGUAUGUGGGUCUCAGGCUAAAAGUAGGACUCUAUAUGGGGAAUGGUGUCAUUUGAGAUUUGGCCUUCCGGUCAUAAGUGACACUCACAAAGACUGUUAUAUCGUACAGAGAUCAUAAUGUUUGCUUCUUUAUGGUUCUGAACUAUGAGAACAUGUUUAUUCUGUUUUUGUAGUUGCCACGCUCCAGGUGUUAUGUAAUACCUGGUACAGCUUUUUUUCUAAGAUGAAAAGAAAAUGUUUCGUUUCUGUAUCAUUCAUUAAAUUGGGAUCGUAUUAAAGUGUGUCCUUUUCA